CACUUUGGCAACUCUUGCGAUGUUCCCACUCGUCUCCUUACAUACCCUGAAAGUUUAAAUUAGUUUCGUAGUCGAUAGUUUGUUUUAAUUUUUUCUUGGAUUUACAGAUUUUCUAUGCAGCGUAACGAAAAAAGAUAUACGGGUGUUCUGGAUUGAAGUUUUUUCUCUGUUGUAUGUGCGACCAUUAAGGGUGCCAAACAUGUAUCUAGAAGAAUAUGCAAAUCAUAUUGAUUACUCUUAUAAGAUGAAAGGCCAUGCGGUUCAAAUAAUAACUCCUUCAGAUGACCAUUUAUUUGAACUUGAAGAAGAUGCUUUAGAAUCUAUACUUUUGGAUGAACGUAUUCGAGAUAAAAAAGUAGUUGUAGUUUCAGUAUCUGGUGCUUUUCGGAAAGGAAAGUCAUUUUUGUUAGACUUCUGCCUAAGAUACUUAAAUGCUAAGGGCAAUCCAGAUUGGAUGGGUCCAGAAGAUGAACCAUUGACUGGAUUCUCAUGGCGUGGGGGUUGUGAGCGAGAUACCACAGGAAUUCUUUUAUGGAGCAAUGUGUUUUUGUCAAAACUACCAAAUGGAGAAGAGGUUGCCAUUUUGCUACUUGACACUCAAGGAGCAUUCGAUAGUGCCUCUACUGUUAAAGAUUGUGCUACUAUUUUUGCUCUAAGUACGAUGACAAGUUCUGUUCAGGUAUAUAAUCUAUCUCAGAAUAUACAAGAAAAUGAUUUACAACAUUUGCAGCUUUUCACAGAAUAUGGCAGAUUAGCCUUAGAAGAUACUAAAGAGCGUCCGUUUCAAAAAUUAAUGUUCUUGGUAAGGGACUGGAGUUACCCGUACGAAGCUAGUUAUGGUUUGCAAGGUGGAAGAAAAAUUCUAGAGAAGCGUCUGACAAUUUCAGAAAAGCAACACCCUGAGCUUCAGCAGCUUCGUAAGCAUAUACGUGCUUGUUUUGCUGAGACAUCAUGCUUUUUGAUGCCACAUCCUGGUCUUAAAGUUGCUACGAAUCCUCAUUUUGAUGGACGUCUUUCAGAUAUAGCUGAUAAUUUUCGAGAAAAUUUGAAAAUUCUUAUUCCAUAUUUGCUGUCUAGUGAUAAUUUAAUUUUGAAGGAAGUUAAUGGGAAAAAAAUUACAUGUAAAGAGUUAUUGGAAUAUUUCAAGGCUUAUGUAAAAAUAUUCCAAUGCGGUGAGCUUCCUGAGCCAAAAACAAUGCUAGUGGCCACAGCUGAAGCUAAUAAUUUAGCAGCUGUUACGAAUGCUAAAGAUCAUUAUUGUAUGGCAAUGGAAAAGAUAUGUGGUGGCGAUCAACCUUAUAUAAGACCGAAUCAAUUGGAAUUGCAUCAUCAACAUUUGAAAAAUGAGUGCGAGAUAUUGUUUAAUUAUACUCGUAAAAUGGGCGGUGAAGAAUUUUCCCGUCAGUAUUGUGAGAGACUUUUAAAGGAGUUAGAUAUUAUAUAUCUGAACUAUAAAAAGCACAAUGAAGGGAAAAACAUAUUUGCUGCAGCAAAAACUCCUGCAACACUAUUCACUCUAGUUUUAAUUACGUAUUUUGCAUCCGGAGUGUUUGGCCUGAUUGGAAUGAUUGCUCUUGCCAAUUUGUGUAAUCUUAUUAUGGGUGUUGUAUUGCUAACUUUGUGCCUAUGGACUUAUAUUAGAUACAGUGGUGACAUGAGGGAUGUUGGUUCUCAAAUUGACGUACUUUCUGCAACUAUUUUCAAAGAGAUUUUGAAGCCUGCCUACAAGAUUAUUUCUCAGCAAUCUCUGUCACAACUGAUAAAUUUAGCAGAUGAGCCAAGUGUAAACAACUUAGCAAGUUUAGCAAUUCAAGUGAAACAGAAAGUUUCAUGAUGUUUUAAAAUGUACAUAUGUACAAAAUUGCCAACCAAAGUGUUUAUAUAUUUCAUAGAAAUUUUUUAUAUAGUUAUGGGUGUUGCUUGAAUUCUAUUAACCAAGUGUGGUUACUGAUUAAUAUUUUUCUAUUUUAAAACCUAAUUAUUAUAUACACAAAACAUCUUUCAUUGAAGCUUUAUUUUUUAUUUUAUAAAGAUUUUAAACGUUUCAUGUGAAUGUUGAAUCCCUUGCAGUUUUUUCAUAUUUCUGUGAGAAAUGUUGCCUUUUACAGCCUUUUCUCGGAAAUAUAUUUUGAAAUUUUUACAUAUUGUCUAUGACUCCUGAAUUUCAGGUCUUUUUAUACGAUAGUUAUUUUAUGACAAUGUAUAUGACAGAAUUAAAUUUUUAAUGGACAAUAAUUUUUA